CAAAAAUAGAAAGGAAAUCCGUACUCGUCGGCAGCCGGCACACGUGGGGGCGGGUUGGUCAACGUCCGAAAGAGACGAAGCUCAACCCUUUCUACACGGAAGGGCACUGCAGUCCCACUACUCCGUUCCGCUUCUCUUCACGGUCAACCAGACAGCCGUUCGUGUCGCAAUUGUAAUUCCGACAACCGCCAGUGGCAAAUCUGUCCUUCCACCGCGUCCCCCUCCGUCUGAAAUCCCGAAGCUUCGUGCCGGUUCUCUUCCGCUUUGGCUGAACAGAGACUCCGUAUUGUAAUGUGAAAUAAAGAAGGUCAUGGGACUUUCCUUUAAAGUGGUCGUGGCCUAUCAGUCUUACCCUGAUUUCUCCAUUUGAAAUUUAGGUUUUCCGUUCACAUACUCUUCGGGCUUUGCCAUUCGAUUACUUUGGUUAGUGAGUUAUUCCAGUGUCAACAACAAUGCGUGCACCUUCUAUUCUUGCACAGUGCUUGAGUGGGUUGAUAUCAGCAGACAAGGGGUCGCACAUUUCAUUAAUAUCUGAUCGAGAUGGCCAUCCUUCUUCACCUGCUGUGGAAAUUGUUCCUUCAAAAAUCGCUCAUCCUUAUGUAUAUGCUGGUGAAAAUGUAGACCUUCAUGGAAUCAAUAUAGUCAAGGUACCGGGUAGAGUAAGUGUUGCUGAUAUAAUUGGCUUUACUGGCACAGAAAUGAUAUGUACAAAACCAGAUGGUUAUCUGAAGUCUUGGGCUGGUUCACUUGAUCUUGUUAAUGUUCUCAAGCAUGAGAUUAGAGACGGGCAGCUCAGUUUCAGGGGGAAAAUGGUGGUUGAGCUUAGCUGUGGAUAUGGGCUUCCUGGAAUAUUUGCGUGUUUGAAGGGAGCUUCAACAGUGCAUUUUCAAGACCGGAAUGCCGAGGGAAUAAGAUGCACCACAAUUCCAAAUGUUUUGGUGAAUCUUGAGGAGGCUAGAGAACGGCAAUGCCGUCAACCUGAGAUCCCCUUGACUCCUUCAAGGCAGACUAUCGCUCCAAGAGUGAACUUCUAUGCAGGAGACUGGGAGGAACUUCCAACAGUGUUGUCUGUUGUCAGGAAUGAUGAGUGUGAGAUGCCACCAAGAGGGAUGAGCCUUAGUAUGUCUGAGGAAGAUUUGAUGGAUGGGUGUAGUAGCCAAGAUGGAAGCAUCUGCUUAGUCAAUGAAUCAUCUUCCUCCAGACGGUCAAGGAAACUGUCUGGAAGCAGGGCAUGGGAGAGAGCUAGUGAUGCAGACCAAGGUGGUGGCUACGAUGUCAUUUUGAUGACUGAGAUUCCCUAUUCGUUGGCCUCCCUGAAGAAGCUAUAUUUAUUGAUUAAAAAGUGCUUAAAGCCUCCUUAUGGAGUGAUAUACCUGGCAACAAAGAGAAACUAUGUUGGAUUCCACAGUGCUGCUCGGAACCUGCGAAGUCUUGCUGACGAGGAAGGGAUUUUUGGUGCUCAUUUGGUGACGGAGCUUACAGAUAGAGAGAUAUGGAAGUUCUUUUUCAAAUAAAAAGAAAUGAACUCACGGCUCUGAUCACUCACCACAGGUUCUAUACAUUCAUUCAACAGUGUUGUUUCAUGGAGUACUGCAAUACCCUAUUCGUAUACCACCAUUAUCUUUUCUGUUCUUGUUACAAUAGGCAGUCCUGUAGGAAUUUUAAAAUCCAUAAUGAUCUCCAGUUAUUAUUGUUAACAUGAAGAGAACGGAACACUUAACUGCCUUUAUAAUCUUGUAAACCUCAUGUAAACUUGGAACUGUAAAUUAUUAGUUGUGUGAUAAAUAGUUCUUCGUUUGAGCUUGUCUGAGA